AGCGAGAGGUGGAGCCUCCAGCCGCCCGUCCGCUCCGCAGCCGCUGUUCCGCAACUGCCCAUCCGCACGCUGCCGGUGCAGCCAUCCGCAAUCACCGGCACCGCUUUCCCCCUUCGUGUCAGCGUCGUCGGGGAAUCGAAUUAAAUAAAAUACAACGCGAACUGGUGGAAAACAAACAUCAUGUCCGUGGCCUUUGCAUCAGCUCGCCAGCGGGGGAAAGGGGAGGUCACUCAAGCUAUCAUUCAAAAGAUGUUGGAUGAGAACAAUCAUUUGAUACAGUGUAUCAUGGAUUACCAGAGUAAAGGCAAAACUGCAGAAUGUUCUCAAUAUCAACAGAUGCUGCACAGAAAUUUGGUUUACUUGGCAACUAUAGCAGAUUCUAAUCAAAACAUGCAGUCCUUGCUACCUGCUCCACCAUCCCAAAACCUGUCAAUGGGACCAGGAGGAAUGAAUCUGCCUGGAUCAAAUCAAGCUUUGCAUUCGCAGAAUGUUCCUAAUGACACUAUGGGGGGAGGGAUUCCUCCUUCCACACUAAUGCAGAACCAGAUGAGCAAUGGUCCUACUCAUGUUUCAGUUCAACAGUCAGGACCAGCCACAAUGCCAAGUACUUCAAUGAAUAUGCCUGUAAGUAACCAUGGAACACCAGGUGGCUAUAGUCAUUCUGUGCCAUCUUCACAAGGGAUGCAGAUGCAGGGUCAGAAUCAGUCGCUGGCAAACUAUGGAUCCCGGACAAACAUGAGCAUGCAAACCAGUCAAGUUCCAAUGAUACACCAGCAAGCUGCAACGCCACAUUACAAUACACCACAAGGAGGUGGACAACAUUACCAGGGACAGUCGACUAUGGGAAUGAUGGGACAGAGUAACCAAGGCAGCAACAUAAUGGGCCAAAGGCCAAUAGGGCCUUAUAGAUCAACACAACAAGGGUCUUCGCAACAAUACAUUGGACAGGAAGAUUACUAUGGUGAGCAAUAUGGACAUGCCCAAGGACCCACAGAUACCAUUAAUCAACAAUAUUAUCCUGAUGGUCACAGUGAAUAUGCAUACCAACAAUCAUAUGCAGAACAAGGAUAUGAGAGGUCAUUUGAGGAAUCCUCACAGCAUUACUACGAAGGAGAGACCGUUGCGCAACUCCCUGGCUUGAUAAAAGGAAACUCACAAUAUGCCCAACAGCAAUCGGCUUACCAGCAGGCACCAACCCAGCAGCAGACUUACUCCCAGCAGCAAUAUCCUACCCAACAGAGUUAUCCCGGCCAACAACAAGGAUAUGGUGCAACACAGGGAGCCUCUUCUCAAUAUCCAGGUUACCAACAGGGUCAAGGCCAGCAAUAUGGAAGUUAUAGGACCGCUCAACCAGGGCCCUCAGCUCAGCAACAGAGGCCUUAUGGAUAUGAACAGUGCAAUAAUCCAGCUGAGGUGCUAGACGUGAGUGUGGGACUGCAAAUCAACACAGCCAGCACCAUGACUUCAAGUCAGAAACGGGCCUCUGGCACAGCUUUGGAGGUACUGCAUACAGGCACAGUACGGAAACUACCAGCAAUAGGCAACAGCUGAUUGUCACCACUGAAACAGUCAUGUAUACUACUUUGAGUUUUUUUUUACAGAGUACAAUAAAGCAUGGACUGUCAUAUUUCAUGUCUGAGAGAUAGCUCAAAGCAGCUUCUGGUUGUAGUAGAAAUUUUCAUCCUUUUCAUGGUGAAUAGUACCAUUGCACUACCAAUGACAAGCCAAUGCGUAAUAGUUUUAGAAUUGGUGCUGUGAAUAUUGUAUGUUUUAAAUUGUUGCACUGUUGUACAAUUGCAUCUGUUAAUAGGAUUUCAAGUUGAUUAUUAGUGCCCUUCCAAUGAUCCACCACAGAAACAUGAGAUGGGUUUAAAAGUUUGCAGAUGCUCUCUGAAACAGUGAAUUCCCCUGUUGAUUUAAGCAUCUGUGGUUAUACUAAAAUUUGCACUAAGAUUUGUUUCUUCCAUUUUUAAUGCAGUAUCUGAAUAUUGGAUAUAGGUCACUAAAUGUCACUUGUGUUUUUAGUAAAAACUGAUUUGAAAGCAACAUGUUAAGUUUGUGCACGAAGUUUGCAGUUGCAUUUACCAAUGAACAAAACUUUGUAGGUAGUUUAAUGGAAAGCACGUGUCACCUUGGCCAUAAACCUUACACCCUGGAUAGGACAGCGGUAGUUACUGUUCUUACAUUUGAUUUCUCUGAGGAAGGCAGUAUAUUCUGUACAUAAUUCCUAUCGCAUGUGUUAAAAUUGGCAUUGAUAAUUCCUCACAAACUUUUUUAGACAUGUGACACUGAGUAAGUGUUAUUGCAUUGAGAAUGGUGUCAAAGCCAAGAUACAAAGUAAAAUAGCAUGAAAGAAACGAGGGCCUCAAAAGGGCAGGAUAAAAGUGAUUUUCAGUUGAUAAUAGUUUUCAAGAAUAAUGUACACAGAAAAUAAUGAUGAAUCAUGCAAUUUUUUUUAGUAUGGUAUUUUCCUAUUAUUGCCUUGGGUAUGAUUUUUGAAAAGUAUCACAGAACAAUUGAUUCUAAGAAUGUUGUAUUUGAGUGUGCAAUUUGUCAUACAACUGAGUAAUGAAGAUUGUGUGUGUGUGUGUAUAUAUAUAUAUAUAUAUAUAUAUAUAUAUACACACAAUCUUCAUUAUAAGCAGUUAAUGCUGUUGAGCUGUAAUAAUUUAAACUCAAUCACUCCAAAUUGUUUUCAUGUUUGCAAUGAUCAUGCAGGAAUUUUACCGUGGUUGGGUAAUUUUGAUAUUUUUCUUUUGUAGUUUUGUUGAAAGUUGUCUUCAUUUUUUAAGCUGUGUUACAGGGCUACACUGGUUCUGGAUUAGAAAUCAAGUUUUGUUACAGAUGACCUGCUUGACUCAAGGCACUGGUUUUCUUCCAUCAGAAGACCAAUCGUUUGUUCUAAGACUCUAUGCUGUAUAGACACAUUCAGUCAAGUCACCAGGCUAUAAGUAAAUGGGAAACCUGUUAUUAAUCAGUCCACUUUAAUUGUAGGGAAGGGUCAGUCAGUCUAUCUGUUUUAAUACCUGAUCAGUGUUGGCAGCAAUUAUAAAUACCUCUAUAAAUUGGACCACGCCAUUUCUGAACCAAGAAACCUCCCAAGAGCAGAGACUGGGAACAGUUGAGAUAAAGUCUGAGAAAUGUGUUAAAAUAAAUGUGUACAUUUACUUCCAUAUUUAACUUUGUGUUUAACCAGAGAAGUGUGUACUUUAUAAAAAAAAUAUUCAAGGGAAUGAUGAAGUAUUCUAAAACACAGUCCAAAGUUAAUCAGAUUAUGUAAAUAUUAAAAGCAUUAAUUCCAGAAUGCACCAGCUUAUGUAACUGGAGGAUCUUUGUGUAAUGUGGGAAUGCGAGGACAUGUGAUUAAUGAGCACUGGAAGCUAAACUAUUUGUUGUAAAAAAAAGUUGUAUUUCAAUGUACAAUCACAUGAACAUUUUGCAUUUCAUUUGCUGAUAGAGCCAAUGUUGUUUUUGUCUUGCUGUUAAACAGCCAAAUUGCUAAAAUACAGAUUGUACUGUGACAAUCACCUGCUUGUUUUCAAGAAACAAAAAACUUGAGAUUUUAGUAAUACAGAAUUUUUUGAUGAAAUCUGUUGUAAUGUAAUACGUUAAGUCUUUUCCUUCUCAUCAUUAUCUAAUAAAACACUAACCACUGAGUAGAUGUUUGUGUACCUCUGUAAAUAGAGGCAAUUGCUGUUUUAAAUUAGUGACCAACAGGCUUUGAUGUAAGUACAAGUGAGUUGAAUUGUCUUGCCUGUACAAGAAAUUUCAUGUUGCUAUUUAAAGUUGUUACAUUUUAAUCUCCAAAAGAAUCUAAUAAAUAACUGAGUUCAUUGUUAA